AUGUCGAGCAAAAAGGCAAAGACCAAGACCAUCAAGAAGCGCCCUCAGCGUGCAACAUCCAACGUGUUUGCCAUGUUCGAUCAGUCACAGAUACAGGAGUUCAAAGAGGCCUUCAACAUGAUUGAUCAGAACAGAGAUGGCUUCAUUGACAAGGAAGAUCUGCAUGAUAUGCUUGCUUCUCUAGGGAAGAAUCCGACUGAUGCGUACCUCGAUGCCAUGAUGAGUGAGGCUCCGGGCCCCAUCAAUUUCACCAUGUUCCUUACGAUGUUUGGGGAGAAGCUAAAUGGGACUGAUCCAGAAGACGUCAUCAGAAACGCUUUUGCUUGCUUUGAUGAGGAAGCAACAGGUGGGUGCUAUUUAUUUAUUUAUGCCCAGCUUUAUUCCAGAGAAGUGGAUGAGCUGUACAGAGAAGCACCUAUUGACAAAAAGGGGAAUUUCAAUUAUAUUGAGUUCACGCGCAUCCUUAAACAUGGAGCAAAAGACAAGGAUGACUGA